CCCUGGCACCGACGCGCUAGCCCACGCGCAGCUGUCGAUUGUACAUAUGUAAUACCUGACUGGUCUGAAAUUCCCAGCGCAUCCCAUCUGCAACCUUGUCGACUACAAGCUCAACCGCAGCAUCUACAUCCGCUUCUCCCAUUUUCUUCUACCUAUAAGUAGUGUCCGUGUCGUGACAUAUAACCUUGCGAAAACACUGCUUCUUCAUCUAGUCUCACCCAUCAAUCGUACACCGUCGUCAAGAUGUUGGAAGCUAGACUCAGCCAGUCAAUGGUCCUGAAAAAGGUGGUGGAUGCCAUCAAGGAUCUGGUGCAAGAUUGUAACUUCGACUGCAAUGACUCGGGCAUCGCCCUGCAAGCCAUGGACAACUCCCACGUCGCUCUCGUGUCCAUGUUGCUAAAGGCUGAAUCAUUUGAACCUUACCGAUGCGACCGAAACAUUGCCUUGGGCGUCAACCUCGUCUCGCUUACCAAGGUCCUACGUGCCCUCCAGAACGAUGAUCUCGUAACACUCAAGGCCGAGGACACGCCCGACUCAUUAAACAUCACUCUUGAGAGCAGCACAGCCGAUCGUAUUAGUGAAUAUGAUCUCAAGCUUAUGGAUAUCGACCAGGAGCACCUGGGUAUCCCCGAUACCGAGUAUGCCGCAACAGUGACCAUGCCUUCAGCUGAAUUUAAGCGCAUUUGUACGGAUUUGCAGGCCAUGUCCGAGUCUGUCACGAUUGAAGCUACCAAGGACGGAAUCAAAUUCUCUUGUGCCGGUGAUAUAGGAAAUGGCGCUGUCACUCUACGAAACUACCAGAAUGUCGAGAAGGAGCACUUGAAUGUGGAUAUUGAACUCACCGAGCCAGUUGCCCUGACCUUCUCUCUAAAGUACCUGGUCAACUUUUGCAAAGCGCAACCGUUGUCAGACAGAGUUAAGAUCUGCCUGUCGAAUGAAGUGCCCCUCUUGGUUGAAUAUCUGGUAACAGGUACCAGCUACCUGCGUUUCUACCUGGCACCAAAGAUCGGUGAUGACGACUAAAGAAUUUUAUAUGCGAAUGCAAUCAUGACUUUGACGAAAGACAUUAUACCACAGGCGUGAAUGGAAAGUUGGAGCUACAUAAGGAUAGGAUAUUACAGCAUGCCUACUGGGAUGUUGGUGUUCCUUAGUACUGCAGGUGCCUGACGGAGGUAGUUUCCAGUAGCUCGACAGACCAUCUCAUGAGUCGCUGGUUGCAAUUGAGCACAUCAGCGUACUUGAAACUAAUACAGGAAGAAAUUGCCUUAAUAUUAAGAUGUAACGUGGUCGAGACACAUAGUCCUUCCCUGUUGUGGCCUUUGCUGUGUGUAUCAAUGACCAAGUACUACCCGAAAAGUCCUCACUCAUAUAUGAGCACCUACAUACUUAGAUACUUAGGUAAGGUAUAAAGUACAUGUGUCACUAAAAAGGUUUAGUGCGGGGCAAGAACAAGAAGGCGGGGCGUUUAUUACCUACUGAAUGUUCCUAUAACACCGCCAGC